AUGAUCCUCGACUCGUCUCGAGCGAAGCGGAUGGUGGAGGGCCGGCGAUGCGUGGUGGUGCUGUUGGACGAGCGACGCCUGGAGAUCUCCGUCCAGCCGAGGCUUCUCACGUCCGAGCUGCUGGAUCUCGUCGCCUCGCAGUGCAACGUGAAGGAGCGGGAGCGGCAUUACUUUGGCCUCGCGCAUCCUCUCUCCGCGGAAGCUGGAGAUGUGGCUCAGUGGCAGUGGCUUCAUCCGGACAAGAAGGUCUUGGAUCACGAGUUCCUUCGGGGUGGGAGCAGCCAGUCGACGGGGCCGACCCUGUAUUUCCUCGUCAAGUUCUACGUGGAGAGCAUCUCGCAACUCGAGGACCCCCACACGGUGGAAGUCUUCUAUCUCCAAGCGAGAAGCCUCGUCUUCAAUACCGGGGGGGCGGCGGGGGUCCACGCCUCGGGGCAGGCGAUGCGCGUCCCGUCUCCGUCUCCCUCGCCCAGGCCCGGCCCCUACGAUCCGCUCCCCCUCGGCCCCGGUCAUUUCGACGAGUGCCGGCGGGGUGGAGGCGCGACGCGCGAGUUGCAGCCGUUGUGGACCUCCUGCGUUCUCUUCCCCGGCUCGGUGUUCCUCUCUCGCUCGUGCUGGGGUCGGAGCCGUGCGUCUCUGGGUCACGUGUUGGUUGAGAGCGACGUCGCCUUCCGUCUUGCCGCCCUCGCGUUGCAGGCCGCUGUAGGAGAUUUCGCCGAUGAGGAAGGCACUCGGAAUUCGCUGAAGAAGCUUCCAUUGCUCCCUCUCGCCACUCUCGCGGAGCACCCUUCUCUCUCGUAUUGUGAGGACCAAGUGAUCGAGCACUAUCGGAGGCUCGUCGGACUCACCCGUGGAGGAGCCAUCGUCAAUUAUAUGCGAUUGGUGGAAGAGUCUUGCGGGGGAUUGACGUGGGGCGUGCAUUUCUACGAGGUCAAGGACAAGCGAGGGAUUCCCUGGUGGCUGGGCCUGAAUCUCAAGGGUAUCGCCCAGUACGACCACUCGCAUCGACGCACUCCACGGAAGGUCUUUCAGUGGAAGCAGUUGGAGAACCUCUACUUUCGGGAUAGGAAGUUCUCCAUCGAAGUACACGAUCCAAAGAGUAGUGACCUAUCUGGGGAUGAAAGUGACGGAAAAGAAGGAGAAGCAUCUUGGAAUUCCUUGGAACUUCGGCCCUGGGAUAUUAUCCCCUUUUCCUCUCCGUCUUCUCCUUUCUCAGGAACCGGGAGACGCGGUGGUCCAGUCGCGAGUCCGAGCGGUUUUGGUCCUGGCAGCGUGACCGUCCACGUGUUCCUGGCCUCCAGCCAGGCUCUGACGAAAGUCAUCUGGUCCAUGGCCAUCGCUCAGCACAAGUUCUACCUCGAUCGCAAGCAUCCCAAGGUAGCGAGGGCUAACUUUCUGGAAGUUGUGGAAGAGAACGCUGGUGGAGGCCUCGUGCAUCAUACAGAUUUUCAUUUGGGCACGCAGAGGAGCAAUGGGAGGCCUCUGCCUGAGAUAGCGGCAGACCUGUCCAAGAGUUGCACCUCUCUGUCUGUCUCCGUCUCGGGGUCCAGUUCGGCGUCGAACCUAAGUCGAUGCGGAAGUUCUCAGUCACUGUCCUUAUCCAGCUUUCAAAACUCUGAGGACUCUAUUCAAAGUGAGACGAGUAAAGCAGCCAAGAUGGAGAUGUAUGCUGCAUUGAAAGCUCGAAAGGAGGCCCUGGAAGCCAAGCUCAAGGAGAAGACCGAGGCUCUGAAAAUCCUCUGCCUGAAAGAGGGGGAAUUAACUGGGGAAUUACCUUCCGAGUAUCCAUUGGAAGCCGGAGAAAUGCCCCCUCAGGUCCGCAAGAGGAUCGGCACAGCUUUCUCAUUACCUGAGACCCUCCUCAUGAAACUCACGUCGCCGGAUGAAGAGGCGAUCACAUCACUGGAACUAGAGUAUGAGAUCCAGAAGCGUAUUACAUCGGCUGCCCUCAAGCUGGCAAACGACAGCAAUGCCAAGAAGCGCGUGAGGAAGCAGAGACGUCAGGUGUAUCAGCAAUCUCUGGAGAAGCUCGUGUCUCUCGAGAACAAGAUCAAGGGAAUGAAGUCGGGUCCCGGGCUCGGAUCUGGUCCGGCAUCUCAGUCCACCCCUAACAUGAUGUCCAACCACUCCUUCUCCUUCCAGAAGUUGAAGAAAAAGCCACGACCUCGAACCGAAAGUGCCAACAGCCUGGACUUAGCGGAUGGAGGAGUGGUUUCCUUGUCGCAUUCCCCUCGACCUGGGAGAAGGAGCCAUUCCACGGAUGCAUUGGACAUUGUUACCAGUCCUGACCUGAAGGUUGAAACCAAGGAGGGGCAAGCAGGGCAGAUCCCUGCUCCUCAGGUUCGGGUGGAGAGGAGAAGCCUGACGCCACAGCCUGGUCUGAUAGAUAGCAAACCUAUGACACAGACUGAGAAAAUAGAGGCCAGCUUGGAGAGGAAUGGGUACAUUCCCAGUUCAGUAUACUUGAACUCAUCUUACAGAAGCCAGACAUUCCCAACACUGAGUCAGAACCUUCAACGACAGGCAACAUUCAACUCUCAUGCUAACUAUGCUGAUCUCAGUCAAGGAGUGAAGUAUGAGUCAGGAUGCCCAGUUGAUGCUUCCAAGGCGGGACUGUACAAUCUGCCUAGACAGAGGGCCAGUGUGGCUCAUCAGAGCCUGGACAACUUGGAUCAGGCAAAUGUCAACCAGGGAGAUGAUGCCACUCUAAAUCCCCAGCAGCCUGAAAGUCUUCAGAGAUAUGGAAGCCUUGAUCGUCGCAAGAGACCUCCUCUCCCUCAUCCAUCACUUAAGGAACCAAGAGGAGAUGCAAGAGACCUGAUGAAUGUGACUGCCGACGUCCUUCCGUCGUCCUCGUCCUCGUACUACAUGCACGUGUCUGACCCCCGUCAUCAGUUCAGGCGUUCCCAUAGCCACACUAAUGGACUCAGAGCCCACCAUCUUCACCGACAUCGCAUCCAUCCCAAGAUGACGCAUAGUAUGUCAGAAAGUGUGAUGAAGUUGAGGCCAACGGAGGAGUGCAUUGAGCAGGUGAUAUCCAGUCUCGAAAGCAUGGGCUUUCCCCUCGAGACGAGCUUCACGUCACACGUCUCCACAUCUCGAGUGCUGUAUAACAAUAGUGCCCACGAUGUGACGGCCCAGACCAUGCCGAGGAGAAGACAUCACCCCAGUUCCACUCACAAGGCUAAUGGACUGCAUAUUCAUCCACCAUCACACCACGACAGUGUAAAGGCACGUGAGAAGCAGUGGUAUGAGACUUCUUUGGAUUCCCCCACUGCUUCUACGAGGAUACCUGAAUCGACUGGAGAAACUGUGUCACUGGACAGUGAUGCAAAAUUUGUGACUUCAAGUGCAAAUUUUCCAAGUGUUGAUCUUCAUGGCUCCACCUCGAUGCCUGUGAGCCUGGAUACCAUCGUCACAGCCGAACUGGUGCUGACCAACGGAGAUCACGUAGACUCGCCGGGUGGUUUUUCCGUCCCGGCUCCAUUGAUCUCACCCGUUUCAGAGAAGAGCAUAUCAUCGAGUGAAUUGAGUGUUGCAAGUUCCAUGUCUCGAAGUUCCCACGUACCCAUCGAAUGUCCAAAAAAUCAGACUUUGAUUACUCCUGGUCAAUGGCAGCCAAGUCGUGAGGUCACGAAACCCUUUGAGAUGGCUGACUUCUAUAAGUACAGUACAAAGUUUAAGAGGCAACAGCAAAAGAAGCCUCAGUCAUUGGGUGAUAUGUCUGGCUUGAAUGCUAGUGCAAGCCAUGGUGAUGUCACCAAUGGAACUUCACAUGCCUACAAGACCCCACCUACCUCUCCUAAUGGUCUAAAUCGGAGUGGAGUGAUGUCCCCCAACACAAGCUUCAACUUGGAUGGGAUGGAGUCCCAGGCAGAUGCCUUCCAACAGGAGAUGUUUGCCUGGUACCAGACCAGUGGUACCAGGAAUCCACCAGCUCAGUCACGGUCGGCGACCCUUGUCUGAAAAGAAUCUGUGAUGAUAAUUUCACUUCCAAGAACAAAACCAUGUCUGCUCAUUUCCCUUGGGGAUCAUUAAACACCGUGCAAAACUUUUCUACUCCUCACCAGCCCAAAGAAUUUUUUCAACGUUCAUGCUGAAUUGAGAUUAUUUUGAAUUGUGAUAAACUUGGUUUUUUUUUUUUUAAACAUUUCCAUUUCCUCUCCAUUUUAGGAAAGGAAAACUUGCCAUGUAGUCUUUUGAGCCUUUUUUCCUUCUUCUUUUUGUUAGGAGUUAUUUCUUAAUUUUGUUGUUUUUUCUUCUGUAGGAUAUGCUAUACUGUACAAGUGCCACAAAGAAAAGAGGAUGGUUUUUAUCAAGAGCUAUCGAUAAUUGCGAG